AGCCUCUCAUUGGUUCUCUCGCCUGUCAAUCAAAGAGCUAGGCGCGCCACCGUCGCGGUCUCGUGCGCGCGCAGGGACAGCUGUCAUCGGUGCACGAGAGGAGCAAACCAUCAAAUAGCUUCAUCCGUUUACGUGAUGGCCGCCGGCUCGUCCAGGAUCCUCAUCAGAGGAGGGCGUGUGGUGAACGAUGAUGUCACUGAGGAGGCGGACGUGUUCCUGGAGAACGGGAUCAUCCGGCGGGUCGAGCGGGAGCUGGUGAUUCCCGGAGCCGAGGUGAUCGACGCGCGCGGAAAACUGGUGAUUCCCGGCGGGAUCGACUCCAGCGUUCACUUCCAGCAGAGCUUCAUGAACGCCUCGACACAAGACGACUUCUACAGCGGAACCAGGGCGGCGCUGUUGGGCGGGACCACGAUGGUGAUCGGUCACGUGCUUCCCGAGAGAGACACGUCACUCCUGGAGGCCUUUGAGCAGAUGCGCGCUCACGCUGAUGCCAAGAGCUGCUGUGAUUACGCGCUGCACGUGGGCGUCACCUGGUGUGGGGAGAAGGUGCGGCGGGAGAUGGAGCAGCUGGUGUCCGAGAGAGGCGUAAACUCCUUCCAGAUGUUCAUGGCGUAUAAAGACCUGAUGCUGAGAGACUCUGAGAUCUACCAGACGCUGCAGACCUGCAAACACACCGGAGCCGUCGCGCGCGUGCAUGCGGAGAACGGAGAACUAGUGCUGCAGGGGGCUAAAGAGGCUCUGGAUCUGGGCAUCAGUGGUCCUGAGGGGAUGGAGGUCAGUCGACCGGAGGAGCUGGAGGCCGAGGCCACACACCGGGCCAUAACCAUCGGUAACAGGGCUCACUGUCCAGUGUGCUUGGUGAAUGUGUCCAGUAUUUCAGCGGCUGACGUCAUUGCUGCCGCCCGAAUGCAAGGUAAGGUGGUUGUCGCGGAGACGACCGUGGCUCACUCUGUUCUCAGUGGGAGUCAUUAUUAUCAUCAGGACUGGACUCACGCCGCCGCUCACGUCAUAGCUCCGCCCCUCCGGCUCGACCCCAACACCCCCGACUACCUCAUUGGCCUGCUGGGCAAUGACAUCAUAAACGUGGUGGCGUCGGAUCAUCGAGCGUUUAACCGGAAGCAGAAAGCCUUGGGAAAAGAGGAUUUCACCAAGAUCCCUCACGGGGCGUCAGGAGUCGAGGAUCGCAUGAGUGUUAUCUGGGAGAGAGGAGUGGUCUCUGGUAAGAUGGAUGAGAACCGGUUUGUUGCUGUGACGAGCUCUAACGCUGCUAAGAUCUACAACCUGUACCCGCGGAAGGGACGCAUCACACCCGGAGCCGACGCUGAUGUGGUGGUGUGGGACCCGGACGCCUGCCGGACGAUCUCUGCGAGCUCUCAGGCUCAGGGCGGAGACUUUAACCUGUUCGAGAACCAGCGCUGUCACGGCGUGCCACUGGUGACCAUCAGCCGCGGGCGAGUGGUGUGUGUGAACGGUGUGUUUUCCUGCGCGCAGGGAUCGGGACGCUUCUGCCCGAUGCCAGCCUUCCCCGAUAUACUCUACAAGAAGAUCAUUCAGAGAGAAAAGACUCAGAGUUUGCGCGGGGUGGACCGAGCUCCGUAUUCGGGCGAUGUUGUCACGGUAACCAACUCAAGCCGGAAGGAACCGGUCACUCCGGAGAGCGACGUUCCCACGCGAGCGACCGGCAGACACACAGGAGUACGAGACCUGCACGAGUCCAGCUUCAGCCUGUCAGGUUCUCAAGUGGACGAUCACGUUCCCAAGAGAUCCUCGGCCCGGAUCCUGGCUCCGCCCGGCGGACGCUCCAGCGGGAUCUGGUGA